AACAGAACAAAGAACAGAAGGUCACCGCAUGAAACAUGUUGUUAAGAAAAUUCAUUUUAUUGGCAUUGGCGGUACAGGAAUGUGCGGAAUUGCCGAAGUACUUCUGACGACGGGGCAUUACCAAAUUAGUGGUUCUGACAUGACCUCUAAUGCGGCGACUAAACGACUUAAAAAGUUAGGCGCAACCAUACAUAUCGGUCAUAAAGCAGAAAACUUAGCUAAGGUCGAUGUUGUUGUGGUGUCAACGGCCAUCUCCGAGGAAAAUCCAGAAGUGAUUUUGGCACGAGAAAAAGGUAUUCCGAUUGUGCCAAGAGCAGUUAUGUUGGCCGAAUUAAUGCGUCUAAAACAAGGAAUUGCCAUUGCUGGAACGCACGGUAAAACCACAACGACAAGUUUAGUCGCUAGUGUUUUAGCACAAGGUGGCCUUGAUCCUACUUUCGUGAUUGGAGGGCGUUUAGUUUCAGCAGGAGCUAACGCAAGAUUAGGUGCGGGUGAUUUUAUUGUAGCCGAGGCAGAUGAAUCUGAUGCAUCAUUUUUAAAUUUGUUACCCGUCAUUGAGGUCAUUACCAAUAUUGAUGCUGAUCAUAUGGAAACCUAUGGUCACGAUUUUAAUAAAUUGAAACAAGCUUUUGUCGAUUUUACACAACAUUUACCUUUUUAUGGCUUGGCCGUCCUAUGUGUGGAUGAUCCUCAUGUAAGAGAGAUCAUACCUAGGAUAAGUAAACCGAUUAUUCGUUAUGGAUUUGCAGAAGAUGCACAAAUUCGUGCAAUCGAUGUGGUUGCUAAAAAUGGACAAAUGCAGUUUAAGGUUAAACGCGUUGGUGAAAAAGACCUCAAAGUGACCCUCAACUUACCAGGGUUACACAAUGUGCAAAAUGCAUUAGCUGCGAUUGCCAUUGCCACCGAACUGGAAGUUGAUGAUGCAGCCAUAGUUGAAGCACUAAAAACCUUUGAUGGUGUAGGAAGACGUUUCCAACGGUAUGGCGAGAUCGCUACAAAGCAAAAUGGGACGUUUACCUUGAUUGAUGAUUAUGGUCAUCACCCCGUUGAAAUGAAGGCGACGAUUGAAGCGGCCAGAGGCGCAUUUCCCAGUAGGCGUUUAGUUUUAGCUUUCCAGCCACACCGCUAUACUCGUACACGAGAUUGUUUUGAAGAUUUUGCCAAUAUUUUAUCGUCGGUAGAUGGUUUGUUAUUAACAGAAGUUUACGCUGCAGGUGAGCAGCCUAUUGUUGCAGCUGAUGGUCGAUCGUUGGCAAGGGCAGUGCGUGUCCAUGGUAAGGUGGAGCCCGUUUUUGUGGAAGAUGUUGCGCAUUUGCCAAGUCAAAUCCUUGAAUUUGCACAAAAUAAUGACGUCAUCAUCUGUAUGGGAGCAGGAUCGAUCGGUGGUGUACCUGCACAAGUUGUUGAAUUGGUUAAUGAUAUGCAAGUGAAACAAAAAGUCGUUGUGAUCAUGGGCGGAUGGUCAGCUGAGCGAAGUGUGUCCUUAGAGUCAGGUAUGGGUGUCCUUAAUGCCCUCAAAAGUCGUGGCGUAGAUGCUCAUGCUUUUGAUUUGGGACAUGAUGCUUUGUCUAAAUUGCAAGAAGAGCAAUAUACUCAAGCCUUUAUUACGGCACAUGGUCGUUAUGGUGAGGAUGGCUGUUUACAAGGGUUGCUUGAAAUUAUGCACAUUCCCUACUCGGGAAGUGGCGUUUUGGCGUCGUCCAUGGCGAUGAAUAAAGAAACCACUAAACGGUUAUGGAGCAGCUUUAAUCUUUCGACCCCACAAUUUCGCAUGCUUAGUCAAGAUACUGAUUUUGAUGCCGUUGUUGAAGAGUUGGGGUUACCGCUCAUGUCACCGUAUUCUGCUGUGAUGGUCGAAGAAUAUAUUAUUGGUGAUGAACUGACAUGCGCCAUGAUCGAAAACGUUGAUGGAACUGUGCAGGCAUUACCUUUGAUUCGGAUUGUGCCUAAGACUGGUAGUUUUGACUUUGAAAGUAAAUACUUACGUGAUGAUACUGAAUUUCAUAUUCCGUGCGGUUUAAGUGACGCGAUGGAGCGUGAAAUCCAAACGUUGGCAUUGGCAGCUUAUAAAACGUUAGGAUGCAGAGGUUGGGCAAGAGCUGAUGUCAUGCUCGACAAAAAUCGUAACAAACCUUUUUUAUUGGAGAUGAAUACAGCACCAGGGAUGACCAGUCAUUCUUUAGUUCCCAUGGCAGCUAAGGCAGCUGGGUUAUCGUAUGAAGAUUUGGUGAUAAAAGUGUUGGCAACGGCUCGCAAUGAUCAUCAAUUGAAUAACUCAUUCAUACUUUGGCAAGAUGAAAAAAGUUUAAAUGACCUUGGCCGAGCCUUGAUGUGGUUAGUUGCGGCAGUUUUUUGCUUUGUACUCUUGUUGGGAUUAAGGCAACUGCCUUGGUUUGAGGUUAAGCAUGUGAUUGUUGAGAGCGAUAAAGACGAAACAUUGCGCUUUAUCAAUCAAAAACAAAUUGAAGGCGUGUUGCGACAAAGUCAAGGAGGUAAUUUGUUUGCCAUUGAUUUGCAAGGAAUUCGACAACAGGCGAUGCAGUUACCUUGGGUAAGGCAGAUCACGGUGCGACGAGUAUGGCCAAAUACGCUGCUUCUUAGAAUUGAGGAGCAUCAACCUUUGGCAAGAUGGAAGGAAGGGGCGUUGGUUAAUGCGCAAGGAGAAUUGUUUUUUGCCAGUAGUGCACAAGCAGAAGAAGAUGGUGAAUUGCCUGAGCUGUCUGGACCUGAUGGUUCGGAAAAGAUGGUGUCGGAUAGGUUUAACGAUAUUAAUCAAUGGAUUAAACCCUUAAAAACCAAGGUGCGUCGUUUGGUGUUAAGUGACCGUUAUGCGUGGGAUGCUGUUUUGAGUAACGGAUUAACGCUAAAACUUGGACAAGAACGUAAGGAAGGUUGGUUACAGACCCGUGUGAAACGGUUUGUAGCAAGUUACCCCAGUGUGGUCAAAAAAUGGGGACGAGAUAUUACGGUGGUUGAUUUGCGUUACAGCAAUGGUUUUGCUGUAACAGCUAGAAAUUUAGAGUUUGUAUCAGAGCUGGGCGCUAGACAAAACAUGAGUCGCGAAGCGAAAAAUAUUUUGAUUGCAUUGGAUAUUGGCACAUCCAAGAUCGUUGCUUUGGCUGCAGAAGUCCAACCCGAAGGGCAUUAUGAUGUCAUUGGAUAUGGUUAUAGUGAUUCGAAAGGUCUUAAAAAAGGUGUGGUUGUCAAUAUUGAAAGCACGGUGCAAUCGAUCACUAAAGCCAUUGAAGAACUGGAGUUAAUGGCUGAUUGCAAAGUACAUAUGGUAUGCACAGGAGUUGCAGGUAGCCAUGUCAAAGGAUUUAAUUCGGUAGGCAUGGUGGCGAUUAAAGAUCGUGAAGUUUCACAAGCCGACGUUGAUCGUGUGAUUGAAACGGCCAGUGCGGUUAAUUUACCUAACGAUAAACAAAUUCUCCAUACCUUGACACAAGAGUACAAAAUUGAUGACCAAGAAGAAAUCCGUGAGCCUAUUGGUAUGAGUGGAUUAAGGCUGGAAGUGAAGGCUCACAUAGUAACGGGUUCGAUUUCAGCAGUACAAAAUAUUAUCAAGUGUAUUCAUCGUGCUGGGAUUGAUGUUUCCGAUUUGGUAUUACAGCCAUUAGCAUCAAGUUAUGCCGUUUUAACGGAAGAUGAGAAGGAGUUGGGCGUUGUUUUGAUCGAUAUUGGCGGCGGCACAACGGAUAUUGCGAUUUUCGCGGGCGGUGCUAUUCGCCAUACAGCGGUGAUUCCAAUCGCUGGUGAUCAAAUCACCAACGAUAUUGCCAUGGCAUUGCGUACGCCGACUCAGGAUGCUGAAAUGAUUAAGGUUGAGCGCGGGGUUGCAAAACAAAUGUUAACGGACCCUGAUGAAAUGAUUGAAGUGCCUAGUGUCGGUGAUCGAGAGCCAAGGGCAAUUUCAAGGCAAGUGCUUGCAGCAGUGAUCGAACCACGAGCUGAUGAAUUGUUUCGACUCGUACAAGAAGUCAUUUCCCAGUCAGGUUGGGAAGAUGCGUUGUCAUCAGGGGUGGUACUGACAGGGGGAGCUUCGUUAAUGCCCGGGAUGGUUGAAUUAGCAGAAGAAGUGUUUUUAAAGCCAGCGCGAGUAGGUAUGCCGCACUAUGAUCGAAAUCUCAAAGAAAUGGUGCGUUCACCACGUUAUGCAACCGCCAUUGGCCUUUUAGAGUAUAGCUAUCGUCGUUUGGGUAAAACAGUAGAGGUUGAGGCAAUUGUGGAUAUUACCGAUAUUAAAGUCGUAGAGCCUGAUUUAUCGUCGGGCAUCGUCAUCAAGGUCGUCGGGGUCGGUGGUGCGGGUGGCAAUGCCGUUCAGCACAUGAUAGAGCGUGGCGUUGAUGGCGUGGAAUUUAUUUGUGCUAAUACAGAUGCACAGGCGUUAACGCGUUCUGGCGCAACAAAGCUCAUUCAGCUUGGCAAAUCAGGUUUGGGUGCUGGCGCACGUCCUGAAGUAGGCCGAAUGACUGCUGAGGAUUGUCGCGACAAGAUCGCUGAUGCGAUUCGUGGUGCCAAUAUGGUUUUUAUUACUGGCGGCAUGGGGGGGGGUACAGGUACUGGCGCGGCACCUGUUGUAGCACAAGUUGCUAAAGAAAUGGGUAUUUUGACCGUGGGUGUGGUGUCCAAGCCAUUCCAGUUCGAAGGCAAAAAACGCAUGGAUUUGGCAGAAGUGGGUGCAAAUGAGUUGGCCAAAAACGUCGAUUCCUUGAUUGUUGUUUUAAAUCAAAAGCUUUUUGAAGUGAUGGACGACGAUGCAGGUUUAGAUGAUGCCUUUAAAGCAGCCGAUGAUGUUUUGUACAAUGCGGUAGCUGGGAUUGCCGAAGUCAUUACCUCAGAAGGUAUUGUUAAUGUUGACUUUGAAGAUGUACGUACUGUAAUGGCAGAGCAAGGCAAAGCCAUGAUGGGGACAGCAACAGCAAAAGGUCCUGAUCGGGCGAGAAAUGCAACUGAACAGGCAGUUAAAAGUCCUUUACUGGAAGGCAUUAACUUGGCAGGUGUUCGAGGUGUUGUUCUCAAUAUUACGGGUAGUCGUUCUAGCUUAAAACUUCGUGAGACACAAGAAGCUGCUGAUAUUGUUAAUCAAUAUACACAUGGUGAAGCUACACUCAUUUUUGGUGCGGUGUACGAUGAUACGAUGGGAGACGAGAUUCGUGUGACGAUUAUUGCGACGGGUUUAGGUGACGCACAAAAACCUAUCCGAGGUUUGGAGUCGCCACAGCAAUUUAAUCAGACACAAGAAGCGCCACAGGUGCAGCAAGCUGCUCAUGUUCCACCAAAUCCAUGGAGUAAUACGGUCAAUAGCGCGACACCCAUUCCGCAAGGUAUUCCGAAUUAUGGUGGGCAUGGUGAGCGAGCGCCUACACAUGCUCAGGAGCCUCAGAUUCCUGUUGCAGCAAGCGCAGAUGCAACUCGCAAACCAAGUAUGCCAGCUGGGGUUUGGCAGGUCAAUAGUGCGCGGCAGUCAGCCAAUGCUCAAAUUGAUGCGUUAAGAGAAAAGGGUUAUGAUACAUUGGAUAUCCCAACGUUUUUGCGCAAUCAAGCUGAU